AUGCAAUUUGAAGAUAUUAAAUCUGGUUGGUUAACAAAACUUGGUGGAAAUGCUCUAAGAAAAACUUGGAAGCGUCGUUGGUUCAAUAGUUCUGAACCUGCUGGUGUUCUUAACCUUUCAACAUAUAAUUCCGUAAGCCAGGAUUCAUCUGCCACUAAAAAAUCUUCCUAUUGUAUUCGCAUUGAAAAAAUCAUUCGAGAAAAAGAUUCGAUUAAUUCUAAUCAAAAUUAUGAUAGUGUGAAAAAACCUACCACACUUGUCGUUUUCGCUGAUACAGAAUCAGAAAUGAAUGAUUGGAUUUCAGCACUUGAAAAACGUUUGGGUGGUCGAAAUAUUGUUGAUAUAGUUUUGGACAGAUUAGAGCUUUCAAAUAAUAUGCAUCGUAGACAAGCAAGUUAUAGUUCUUUAAGUUCAUUUUAUUCUAGGAAUAGUGGUUUUGGUUCUUCAACUGGUUCCACUUCUGCUUCAACUUUAUCUUCACGACGUCCUUCAUUGGAAUCUUUGAGUUUAGAUACUCCUCCUUUAAAUUCAAGAAAAAGUUCUAUCGAUUCAUUCAGUGGUAUUCAUCAAGUUAUUAAUGGAAAUACUAGUUUAUCACGUCCAGAGACUCCUUCAAAUUUAGUAGCUAUGUUUGGUUUAGGUCAACCUAUACUUCGUAAACCUGCUUCUUGUUCUGGUUUACAAGAUAAGAAAUCUAAUAAUACUGGAAAUAAUAUUCCUACUUCUCAUCAAACACACAUUCGUAAGCUUUCACUUACAUUAACUAAAGAACCUACGCGUGCUCAAUCCACUCCGUUAAUAAUGGUUCAUGGUGAAAAUGCUAAAUUUACAUCAUCACUUGACGUUGUUUAUUUUCCAAAUAAUCAUGUAAUUAAAAGUAGUCCAUUGAGUAGAAAGAAGGCUGCCUAUCUUGAUCAAUCAAUGGAGCUCACUUCUUCCCCAACUUCACCAGUUACACCACUCGCAAACGUUAGAAGAGGUUUGCAAUGUUGUACCAGUCAGAAGAUCAAAGGACCCGACACAACCGACUUGUCAAUUCAUGUAAUUAAAAGUCUAGUUCAUUGCCUUAGC